UGAGUUGUGCUGACGUGGCCCUAUCCAUUUAAAUUUAAGCAAAAUAUCCAUAGACCCUGAACCCAAACCAGAACCUUUGCUCUUCCACCCUAAGAAACUCAAAUUACCAAAUUAUCUCCGAGAUGGGAUCAAUGUCUUCACCUCUGACGAUGAUUUCUGCACAGCCGCUGAAACAGUCGGCAGCAGCGGUCGGUCGGAGCCCCUCCCUCUUCAGAAUGCACUCUGAAAAGAAGAAAUCGUUGACGGUGGUUGCUGCCAUUGGAGAUGUAUCAGCUGAUGGAACGCCCUACCUGAUUGCCGGUGCUGCUGCUGUUGCUUUGCUUGGAACUGCAUUUCCAAUCCUCUUCUCGCGGAAGGACCUGUGUCCAGAAUGCGACGGGGCAGGUUUCGUUCGGAAGGGAGGGGCAGCUUUGAGAGCAAAUGCAGCGAGGAAGGACGAGGCUCAGAUCGUCUGUGCUCGUUGCAAUGGACUUGGCAAGCUCAACCAAGUCGACAAAAGAUAGAUCUCUCUAUGCCCCUUCCGUCACAACCUUCUCUGUUUUGUAACUUGAAUCUCACCUCCUGUCAAAGCUUAUAAACAAGAUUUCUGUUCAACAUUUAGCAUAAAACUUUUGGUUUAUUAUCACCAUGCCAUAUACAUUGGCUGUUAGAUAUAUAGUCCGCUUAUAAAAUGGAUUGUUGAUGUGUUCUUGAUAUUGUGUUGAUAUAUAAUUGUAGCCAACAAAAUGUAUCAACAUGUUAUCACUUAAUGACAAUAUCGGUAGAGAGAAAGGGGAUUGCAUCCUUCA